AUGCCUAAGGCCGCAGCUAAGAGAGCCCCUAAGGCCACCCGCCGUGCGAAGAAGGACCCCAACGCGCCCAAGCGUGGCCUCUCCGCCUACAUGUUCUUCGCCAACGAGCAGCGUGAGAACGUCCGUGAGGAGAACCCUGGUAUCACCUUCGGUCAGGUCGGCAAGCUGCUCGGAGAGCGCUGGAAGGCCCUCAACGAGAAGCAACGCGCUCCUUACGAGGCCAAGGCUGCCGCUGACAAGAAGCGGUACGAGGAUGAGAAGCAGGCGUACAACGCUGAGGAGGAGGAGGAGGAGUAG